AUGGCCGACGGCAGCAGGUACCGCCAACACCGGACCCAGGAGCUGGACGAAGCUACGGACGACGCUCCAUCGAUGGACGAGGGUAGUGUGAGUGACAUCCGCAGCGACGAUGAUCCACCGACGAUUGCGCGGCUGGCUGACGAGCUUCAGCGGAGCCGGACGGGGACCGAGGGAGACCCCUUUGGUGACAGCGGCGACGACAUCGACAAGGCGAUUGCCAAGCACCGCAGCGAGCUCCAUGAGAUUAAAGCGCGGAAGCAUCGAGCACGAGGCAACCCGGUUUUUCUGAGCAUGGAAGACUUUGACGCACCUACCCCGUCGCUGUCGAGCAGCCUCGGUAGCUCGGCGUACAUUACGCCGACCAAGACGUCCCUCGCCGAAAUCGCCCAGCGCGUAGCGUCGAGCGAGCAGCGACUUCGAUCCGACCGUAUGCGUCUUACAGACCUCUCCUCGAACGAUGGUCUGCGGCACUCGCGCGGCCUUCGCUCGCCGCGGCGACUCUCGAGGUCGCAGACGUCCCCGACUCGCUCGCAGCUGCUUCUGAGCCAAAAAGCCAUUCACAAAUGGCACCCCGAUGCCAAGCGAACUCAAGUACCGAACGAUUCGACGCCGCUCGACAUGAUGUUAUCAUCGUCCGACUACGACCGACGGGCUGGCUCGUCGGCGGACGACGAGGCAAUCGCCGUGGCGGAUCGCGCGCACCAGCGGCUUCGUGCGCUCACGAAAGAGUUUGUCACAGACGACCUGCAAUCGCCUGUCUCGGAUGGCUCGCCGCCGCAACCGCGGAUGUUCACGGAUCUCCAGCGCAAGAUGGACGAUAUGAACAAGCACCUGGAGCGACUGCAAGAAGAGAAGCGGCAGCUUGAGCGCAACCAACUUGAUGCCGAGCGCCAAGCCGUUGACAUGUCCUCCUCACUGCGGAUACUCAGUGCGCAGGUGUCGCAGUUCCUCCACAACGGCGAAGCGUCCAUGCAGUCCCAGGACUUGCACACGCAGAGUCAGUACCAAGAAGACUUGCUUGACGAGCUCAAGGUCCAACGCCAACUGCUCGGAGACCUCGAGACGGAAAUGGCACGCUGGCGGCACGACGCAGAGAUGCUGGAGCAAGGCCGUGUGCUUGAGCAAGACGAGCAGCGCAGCCAACUCAUUCAGUUUGAGACGACGGGCAAGCUCCUGGAAGAAAAGGCUGACGCCCAAGCCGAGCACAUGCGACAAAUGCGCGACGACGUCAAAGCGCUACAAAAGAAGCUGGAGCUUGUUUGGGAGCGCCUGCAUGCACUGGAAGCUGCGUCCAGUGCGACUGAAGCAGCACUGCACUUACUCGACAAGGAGACGCUUCCCUCAUGGCUCGUUCCAAGCGUGCUCUUCUUAUUGCUGCUAGUGUGUGCGUGGGCAGGACGCUAUGUGCUGCGAGACGAGAUGUUUUGGCUCUGGCUCUGCGCCGUCCUCGGUUACGACUGCAUUGUCGGGUAA